AAGCACCGAAUUGAGCGACUCCAACGACGCGAAAUAAACGCUAAACCAACGACGCAAAAAAAGGCACCAGCCAGUAAAAGAAGCACCGAACUAGAUAACACCAACGGCAAAUCUAUUACUCGAAAAAAGAAUAUAAACGUUAAAAAUAAAAUAAGAAACAAAAAAAAAGUGUGCCGUAGAGCCCCCAGCCCCGCUCUAUCCAAUCCUAACCAACCAUCUCAUGUUAGGUCUUACUUCGCUCCUCAUAUUAAAAGGGUGGUAUGGACUGGUACUUUUUGGGACAGCCCCUUGUUGUGUGCCCUUCCUUCCAACAACGAAUGCAGUGUUGCUUGUAUUCGGGGGAAUCUUGUCACAAUCUCGGAAGUUCAGGAGAAGCAGAGGGAUCCAAUAGUUGUGGUCCGAGAAGCGGCGGAGGAACAGGGGGAACCAAUGCAUGUGAAAUGUCGUCCUGGAGAUAAAGUACCUUCGGCCAUCGUUGGGUGUGGGUGGGUCUUUUCUUGGUGA